GUAACUUAUCGCUGAUUUGUAAUAGUUACGGAGAUAAACAAGGAAAUUUAUGCUUUGGGAAUGAUUCAUCCCGGUAUGUUAGUCGUUGAUUCACCCCGUUGUUUUGAAAUUAUACUUCCUCCGCCAGUGGGCAAUAUAGAAACACAAAUCGAAAGAAAAAAAUGAGCAAAAUCGAGCAUUUUCCAGUUCGCUCGUCUGUUGUUCCGCUGUGCAGUCUAUGCUUAUGUUUGUUGUGUUAGUCGAGCGUCAGGUUUAACGGAACUGUAGCUAUUUUGAUGUUAAACGGAUUUUUCAUUCGCCUUAAACAUGGGUAAAACGAAAAAAGCUAAGAAGAACAAGGUAGAUAAGGUUAAAGAAGAUCGUGAUCCAGAUUACUUCGAUGAGGAAUACGACGAUUUUGACGACGGCGUGGGAAACGAGGAUAUUGCGGCUGUCCCUAAUGCAGCCAAAAAGCACAUUGAUUCCGAGUCUUCCACCACAGUUGGCAUUGAAGACAAAUUUGGUGCUAAGGAUUAUAGAAGCCAAAUGAGAAUGAAAACUGACCAUGCAUCUCGACCUAUUUAUGUUGCCCCUGAUGGACAUAUAUUUUUGGAGUCAUUUUCUCCAGUUUAUAAACAUGCUAGAGAUUUUCUUAUUGCAAUUUCAGAGCCGAUCAGCAGACCAAAAUACAUUCAUGAGUUCCGUUUAACACCGUAUUCUUUGUAUGCAGCAGUAAGUGUUGGAUUAGAGACUGACGAUAUCAUUGAAUACCUCAGCAGAUUAAGUAAAACAACAAUUCCAACGGGCAUUGUUGAUUUUAUAAAACUUUGCACAGUCAGCUAUGGCAAGGUUAAACUUGUGCUCAAACACAAUCGGUACUUUGUUGAAAGUACGCAUGCUGAAGUUAUACAAAAAUUACUAAAAGAUUCGGUUAUUGAAACUUGCCGAAAAAGGGAUUCUGGCGAUCCAGAAGUUUCUACUUUUGUUGGAAAACAGGGAUUACAAGUCAAUAAACCAGCGGUGAAAAAUGGCGAAUCUUCCAAUAAUAAUAAUAAUGAAGUUUCAGACGCCGCUGAAGAAGGUGGUGUACCGAAAGACAUUUAUGAUUUAUAUGAUAAAAUUGAUGGAAAUGACGAUGAUGAAACAGAAACAUUGCAAGUUGUGUCAUUUGAAAUUAAUCAAGAUGAUAUUGAAACAUUGCAAAAAAGAUGCAUUGAAUUAGAAUAUCCCUUAUUAGCGGAAUACGAUUUUCGAAAUGACACUGUGAACCCAGAUUUAAAAAUGGAUUUAAAACCAACAACAGUCCUGAGACCUUAUCAAGAAAAAAGUCUCAGAAAAAUGUUUGGCAAUGGAAGAGCACGUGCGGGUGUAAUUGUUCUUCCAUGCGGUGCUGGAAAGACUUUAGUUGGUGUCACUGCAGCUUGUACUGUUCGGAAACGUUGCAUGGUUUUGUGUACUUCUGGAGUUGCAGUUGAGCAAUGGAGAUCGCAAUUUAAAAUGUGGUCUACUGCCGAUGAUUCUAUGAUAUGCAGAUUUACGUCUGAUGCAAAAGAUAAACCCCAUGGAUGUGGUAUUAUUAUUAGUACAUAUUCGAUGAUGGGACAUAGUUUUAAACGAUCCUGGGAGGCUGAACGAGUAAUGGAAUGGAUAAGGAGUCAAGAAUGGGGUUUGAUGGUAUUAGAUGAAGUCCACACAAUUCCUGCGAAACAGUUCCGAAGAGUUUUAACAGUUGUACAAGCACAUUGCAAACUCGGACUCACUGCAACAUUAGUAAGAGAAGAUGACAAAAUUUCAGAUUUGAAUUUCCUCAUUGGACCAAAACUAUACGAGGCAAAUUGGAUGGAGCUUCAAAGUGGGGGAUAUAUUGCCAGAGUGCAAUGUGCGGAAGUGUGGUGCCCCAUGACUCCAGAAUUUUAUCGAGAAUAUUUGGGGUUACAAUCAAGAAAGCGUAUUUUGCUCUAUGUUAUGAAUCCAAACAAGUUCAGAGCUUGUCAAUAUUUGGUUAAAUUUCAUGAGCGACGUAACGAUAAAAUUGUGGUAUUUUCUGAUAAUGUAUUUGCUUUAAAAGAAUACGCUGUACGAAUGGGAAAGCCAUAUAUUUAUGGACCAACGUCACAAGGAGAAAGAAUACAGAUAUUACAAAACUUCAUACACAAUCCAAAAGUGAACACUAUUUUUAUUUCCAAAGUUGGUGAUAACUCGAUUGAUCUUCCUGCUGCAAAUGUAUUGAUACAAGUUUCAUCACAUGGUGGUUCUCGUAGGCAAGAAGCACAAAGAUUGGGAAGAAUCCUCCGAGCUAAAAAAGGCAGCUUAGCUGAAGAAUACAAUGCUUUUUUCUAUUCACUCGUGUCACAAGAUACAAAAGAAGUGGCUUAUUCGACAAAAAGACAAAGUUUUUUAGUUAAUCAAGGCUAUGCAUUUAAAGUUAUCACUAAACUACAAGGCUUAGAUGAAGAUAAACAACUUGCAUUUGGCACGAAAGAAGAACAGCACAAUCUUCUUCAAAAAGUUUUAGCGGCCAGCGACCUUGAUGCUGAGGAAGAGAUGAUGCCCGGUGAAGGUAUGUCUUCAUCACGACAAGGUGGAGUGAAACGUAAAACGACAAUGUCAUCGCUUUCUGGGGCAGAUGAUGCGGUGUUUCUGGAAUAUAAAUCGAAAAGGGACAAGAAACAUGACCUUUUUAAGAAAUUCCGUGGUUGAAUCAUCUGGUGCGAAAAUUAGUAAUACCAGGAUCCACGGACGAAAAGGGGGGAUUACAACGGUAUAAGACUUUUCGACUGAAAUGGAUACUCAGCGACCAACUUCAAAUUUUGAUGAUUUCUUCUAUCUAUUCAAAAAAAACUUGGUUUAGCCAUUGAUAAAAAUAAUUGCUUUUUCCGCUCAGAUUGUGUAUUCCAGCUUAUUUGCGAGUUCGGUGCUUUUUUACAAUGUAAUAUUUGACAACGCAUUUCAUGCAACCUUUCCUGCUUUUUAUGUUACCAUUAUGUUCCACAUAUACAUAUAGUCCUAUGGAAUAUUAUCUCAAAUAUGUUGCAAUUUAUGUUCCAGUAUAAUACAGUGCAUUCAGAUAGGUCAUUGUUUCAUUUUUUUGUAAAAAACGUUAUUUAAAAAAAUGCACUAUUGGGUCCCUAUUUACUGAUACUCCAUAAUAUGACAUUACUCUUACCAAUGCUAUUAGUAUAGUUAAUAGUUAUAGUACUGUGUUCUGGUUGACUAGGAUUCUGAAAUAAAAUUCUUAUUCGAAAAUUAGUGAUCAAUGUUGGAAUACUGCUCAAUUCUCAAUUUUCAAUAAUUUCAAAUUUUAUUAUCAAGAAGUCAUUAAAAUUUUAGAAAAUAAUCAUAGUUUGUUUGAAUUUAUAGAGUAUCAAAAAAUUAUUGUCACCAAUUUCUCAUUGUAUCUUGGAUAUUAUAUACAUAUCAUAAUUAUGAUUACUAAUGCUGUAAUGCUGAUUAUCCCAACAUUAACCAUUAUUUAAAUCAAACCCAAUAUUAAAUCAUUUAAAGAAGUGAUUUCCUGUUAAGUUCAAACUUUUUCUAAGCUGUUGCAGUGAAGCACAACCAGAAAGUGAAUUUUGAUAGUAAAUUUUUUAUUCUCUUUGCUAUGCGAAUGUGCUUACAUACACUGAAUUUAGUUGCUAAUCCUAUUGUUUGCCAGUUCAGUUCUUAUUCAAUACCAGUGUUAUUUUUCAUGUACAUUAUAAAAUCAUCAUAAAAAAACAUAUAAGUUCUCAUUGAAGAUAACUUCCUUAUUCAAAUAAAGAUACAAUCAAGGCUAAUAAUACUUUGAUAUUUCACACUGUUCCAGUCAUUUGAGUGAAAAAAGUCCAAAAUUGAAAAAAAUAUUCCAUUUUCACA